CUCGCACCUCCGGCUUCCCUCUCGCCGCUUCCCUGCACUCCCGCCGCCCUCUCCUCCCUCGCUCCCUCUUCCCGGCCGCCGCGAACCCUCCACGAUGCCGCCGAAGUUCGACCCCUCGCAGGUCGUCGACGUCUACGUCCGUGUGACCGGCGGCGAGGUCGGCGCGGCCAGCUCCCUGGCCCCCAAGAUCGGGCCCCUCGGCCUCUCCCCGAAGAAGAUCGGUGAGGACAUCGCCAAGGAGACCGCCAAGGACUGGAAGGGCCUCCGGGUCACCGUGAAGCUCACCGUCCAGAACCGGCAGGCCAAGGUCUCGGUGGUCCCGUCCGCGGCCGCCCUCGUGAUCAAGGCCCUCAAGGAGCCCGAGCGCGACCGGAAGAAGACCAAGAACAUCAAGCACAACGGCAACAUCUCGCUCGACGACGUCAUCGAGAUCGCCAAGGUGAUGAAGCCGAGGUCCAUGGCCAAGGAUCUCAGCGGGACGGUGAAGGAGAUCCUCGGGACGUGCGUGUCCGUCGGGUGUACGGUCGACGGGAAGGACCCCAAGGAUCUGCAGGAGGAGAUUUCAGACGGCGACGUCGAGAUUCCCCUGGAUUGAUUGGAAAAAAAUAGGUCGCUCUGUUUUUUUUUAGCCUCUUUCUCAUUUUUUGUGUUUAAGUUCGGUUUUGGAGGAUUUUACUACCUGUGUUGCUCGGGUCAUGUUCCAAGAAGAUUAAUAGAUUCAUGAUUUUCGGAUUUCAUGUGGUGAUGCUGUAAGUCUAGUGUUUUACUAGUGAUAAGGGAUGUCGGGACGUAAUUUAAAUCAUUAUAUGGUGUUGUAUUUUCAAGGCUCUUGCUCAUUUUGUUUCUGUUUGU